AUGUCAAAGGGGCAUCUGAGCAAUGAUGAUUUCUUCCUGCGCCUUUCAGAGCUCUUCGAUGAACGGCGACAAAAGGACCAUGGCAGCAUCUAUCUUACCCAAAAGCGCAUGACAUACGGCGAAGACACGGAUGUCAGCUCACCAGAAGCUACGAGCGAGGCGCCCUUCCCUGACCAGAACCCACCCCAACCAUUACCGAUCAUAAUAAGGGCGACGAACGGCAAGUCAAAGGCGAACAGGGAUAAAAAGGUCAAGCUGUCGACAAUUGUGGAGGUCAUUGCGCUAGAAGGGUUUUUUGCCAAGUAUGCGGAGGUGUGCAAGCUGGGGAUGUCAGGCCUGAAAAAGAGGGAUAGGAGUAAGGCGAAAGAGAAGCUCAAGAAAAAGAAGAAGCAAGGGGGUGCUGCGUCAGGUGCUCCUGCGGCUGCGGAACUGAAAAAAUGA